AGCUGGCCCGGCGGGGUGGGGACGUGCGAGGAGGCCCGGGUGUGAUGGGUCCCUGCCCUCUGACCCUGCCGCUGUCUCCUCCCCCGCCCAGGUGGUCAGCGACGAGAUGUGCGAGAUCUGCGAGGUGUGGACGGCAGAGAGCCUCUUCCCCUGCAGGGUCUGCGCCCGGGUCUACCACGACGGCUGCCUGCGCCGCAUGGGCUACGUGCACAGCACCAGCGCCGUGGAGGUGACGGAGACGGCGCACACCGAGACGGGCUGGAGCUGCUACUACUGCGACAACCUCAACCUCCUGCUGACGGAGGAGGAGAUGUACAGCCUGAUGGAGACCUUCCAGCAGUGCAAGAUCAUCCCCGAGACCUGCCUGACGCUGGACAAUUUCCUGCACUACAAGCACCUGGUCCACAAGCGCCACUUCGAGAGGCCGAUGAGCGAGGAGCAGGAGGAGCGAGCUGCCCUGCAGUUCUCCGCGCUGGACCCCGAGAGGAAGGGCUACGCCGAGUGGCCGGACUUCCUCUCCCACGAGUCCAUCGUGCUGCUGCAGAAGCUCCAGAGGCAGGUACUGAGACACCCCCCACGGGUGCGCGAGAGCCAGGGGCAGGGAGCUCCGGAGGCCUGUGGGAUCCUCGGUCAGUCCAGAGACCGCCCAGUGCCUCUCCCACUCCCGAGGAGCUGCCUGUCCCCCCGCCUGUGUGUCCCUCCCCAUAUCCAUCUACCUGCCUUAGGCAUUUGGAGCGCCGGUCUCCGCACUCAGCACCCCCUGCAGAGCGGGCGUCCGCGGCCGCCUGCCAGGAGUUCCCAGGGUCUCCCAGAACUGGCAACGUGCCUGGACAACAACAUGACAUUCAGUGUUAAGUGCAAAGCGACACCCCUCAGAAACCGCAGUCCCGACGAUCCCUGCCAACUGAGGGGGGGCUCAGUCAGCUGUUACCCGUCCAGAGCCAGAUCUUGGAGUCACGGUGGCUCGUUCUCUGCAAACAUUCCCCCCCCCCCCCCCGGCACAGCCG